UCACAUGCGCAAUAGUUUAAUAAUUCUGUGUCAUGAUUGGAUGUUACCAUAGUAACCAGAGUAAGCUUUUACCCGCCAUUUUAUCCGGCUUCAGACAUUAUAUUAAGGUUAAGCAAAUUUAUUCAUAAAACGAAUAAUCAUGAUGAAAAUAUUAUCAUUACAUGAAUUUGAUGUUCCUUCCUCCGAUGAAUUGGCUACUGUCGCACUUAUAGAAGAUGUUUUACAUUAUUGUGAAUAUGAAAACCUAACGGAUGAAUUGCAACCCUUUUUUAAAUAUGUGCGAGAAUAUCCCGAGAUUUCUAUUACUCCUGAUAUUCUUGCAACACGUGAAACGGCACAUACUAUUUGUGCCGAUGAUUUAUUUUUGCCAGUUCAUGAUAGUAUUUUUAAAAAACUUGCUAGCAUAUGCAGAGAAAAAGGAUUUGUUGAAGCUGUCUGUUUAGCUGCGUCUGCAGAACCACAGGAAGUGACACCAAUUUUACAUUGGAUAGCUACAAGACUUAAAUGGAUGUUGGAUAUAAUGGAUAAAGGAAUAUAUCAAAAAGAAAUUUUGCCAACUUCUGGAUCUGGAUCAAUUGCUGAUAUCGUUCAUACAAGGGAUUGGGAAACAUCUCUUAUUAGAUGUCUUUCUUGGCAUCCACAUUGUACACGGCUGGCAGUAGUCACAAGAGAUGACCGCAUACGUAUUUUUUCUCAAGGAAUAUCAAUGGUACCAAUUUUAAAACAUAGUGCUCAAAAAUCUGUUUGUUGUAUAAGUUGGAGGCCACUUGCUGGCAAAGAAUUGGCUGUGGCAUGUCAUGUAGGAGUUUUGGUUUGGACGAUAGAAUUAGGAGCAGCCAGUAAUUUUCUUAGUCAAGCAGUGUUAUUAAAACAAAGAAAUCAUGCUCCUGUAACAAGUGUUGCAUGGCAUCCACAGGGUGAUCUAUUAGUAUCUUGUUCUCCUGUGGAUACACGUAUGUUUAUCUGGGAUACUUCUAAAAAAGAAGGUGUUCCGCUAAAACGAAUUGGUGGCGAUGGAUUAUGUUUUGUACAUUGGUCAUCUUGCGGUUUUAGAUUAUUUUCUGCUACAUGUAAAAAUAUAUUUAGAGUAUGGAAUACGGGAGCAACAACAUCGUGGCAUGCAGAUAAAUGGACAGUGCCUAAUGAUCGUGUUGCAGUUGCAUGUUUUGGUCCAAAUUUAACUUUAUUAUUUGCAUCAAAUGAAGACCCUGGUACAAUAUUUUCUCUACCUUUGCAAGAAAAUAUUUUUGACGUCAAAAAACCUUCUUUCGACGAUGCAAAAAUGGCAGUACCUCUGAUAGAUUUAACGAAAGUUAAUUUUUCACUGGAUGAUGAUUGUGUUACUGUUGGUGGAAGGAUAACUGCAAUGGAAUGGGAUCCUACAGGAAAAUAUCUUGCUAUUCUUUUCCAGGAUAGUCCAUAUAUUGCAUUAGUUAAAACAAAAUUAGGACAUCUAUCACGUCUGAUUGAGAUUAAACCAAGUUGUCUUAUUAAAGGAUAUCCGGGAGAAGUUCCAAAUUGUAUGAACUUCUAUCAGAAAUAUAAAACUGAAUCAGACAAUAUAGUUUGUUUAACAAUUGCAUGGAAUAGUGGUCGUAUUCAACAUUUUCCAAUAAUUGAGAAGGAAAGUGUUCGUACUGUAAAUAUAUGUACUACACCUUUAUCACAUUCAUUUUCGAUGAGGCACGACAUGUACAAUUUCAAUUUAACCGUUAGUUAUUGAUAACGUUUCUUGUUAAACAAAACUAUAAAAAAAAUUUUAAUUAUUUAAUUAUUAAA